AAAAAGACAACACCGACGUCAUAUUUAGCAGCCGGAAGUAUCAUGACGCAUUCCUGACGUCUGGAGAAUGGCUGGGCUGCUGAAGAAGACGACCGGCUUGGUUGGCCUGGCAGUGUCUCAAAAUCCACAGGAGCGUCUCAGGAUCCUCUACACAAAGAUCCUGGCGUCCUUGCAGACCAUGCCACAGGACGCUGCUUACAGGAAGUACACGGAGCAGCUGGUCAAUGAGCGCUUCAGCCACGUGAAAACGGAGCCCGAUGUUGAGAAGCUGGAGAAGAAAAUUAACUGCGGUCAGAUUGAAGAGGUCAUUUUCCAGGCUGAGUGUGAGCUGGCGUUAUCGAGGAAGAUGUCCGAGUGGAAGCCGUGGGAGCCGCUGGUAGAGGAGCCGCCGCCCAACCAGUGGAAGUGGCCCAUCUGAGUCUGCGUGUUCCUGUCAUACUGUGCUUUCAAUGAAGUACUGCAUUAAAGUUUUGGAAAUAUUGCCUUUA